AGAUACACAAACAUACACACAGAUGCACACACAGAUACACAUACACACACACACACACACACACCGCGUGCUCCCCAGCCCAGCGCCUCUCGGCUGGGGCCCAGCCGUGCACCUCCAGGCAGAAGCUCUGGUCCAGGGAGGGUGUGGGGCCCCAGGUACAGGUGCCAGGUUGUAGACACGCCCUUCCUUCCCCCAAGGGCCUCAGGCCAGGGGAGCCACGGCCCCCGGAUUGGAGGCCCCAGUUCUGGUGGUGCAGCUGAGGGGCUGGGGGCACAUAGAGGCCAGUUCUCCCCACCCUGGCUGCCCCGUGAGACCCAGAGUGACAACUGCCUGCUCCUCUGGGACCCCACGCCCUCCUCUGUCCAACAAGGAGUGUGUGGCGGUCCUCCCUGUGUCCACUUCCGGCAGGGAAGAAACCGGACCUUUCGUGGGUCCCCCCUCAGCCAGCGUUUCCCCGCCUCGGUCCCCAGGGCUGCCGGCUGCUGGGAGUGCAGUUGGAGCGCCUGCAUUUGUGUGUGUGGAAUUUUUUUAAUUAAAAAUUUGUUUUAGAUUACAGUAAAAUACACAUAACAAAAUGUACCAUCCUAACCAUUUUUAAGUCUAUGGUUUAAGUACAUUCACAUUAUUAUGUCACCAUCACCACCACCCACCCCGAGCACCUUUUCAUCUUAUAAAACUGACAGUCUGUCCCCAUUAAACACUCACGUCCCAGCCCUUCCCCAGCUCUGGGCCCCGCCGGCCUACUUUCUGUCUCUAUCAGUGUGACUCCUCUAGGGGCCUCCCGUGAGUGGAUCGCACAGUGCGUGUCCUUUUGUGUCUGGCUUAUCUCACUUACUAUAAUGUCCUCAUGUUCAUCCAGGUUGUAGCUGGGUCAGGAUUCUUCCUUUUUAAGGCUGAGUAAUAUUCCACUGUGUGGCUGGACCAUACUUUGUUUAUUCAGUCAUCUGUGUACGGACACAUAUAUUUUUUUAAGACACAGAUUUAUUUCAUGAAAACAUGGCUCUUCCUUCUACAACCCAAUAAAACAUUAAACCCAAUAAAACCACAUCAAAUGCUAUCAGGAACACUCGGUUCAAAUUUCAGAUUUCACCCAUCCAGAAAUGAUGUCUGGGCAUCCUCUCUGGGCAAGGCCCACACCGCUGUAGGUGCUGGGGAUGGAAUCGUUGGUAAAACAAAGUCCCUCUCUCCUGGAGCUUAUGUUCUAGAGGGAAGACAGGCACCAGACAAAACAAGUAAGGUCUAGAACGUGUCAGAGGCUGAGGGAGGAAAGAAAGGACAGCUCUGGACACCCCCAGGUUCUUUUCUUUCUUAACAAUUUUUUUAAAUGUAUUUAUUUAUUUAUUUUUGGCUGCGUUGGGUCUUCGUUGCUGCGCGCGGGCUUUCUCUAGUUGUGGCGAGCGGCGGCUCCUCUUCGCUGCGGUGUGCGGGCUUCUCACUGCGGUGGCUUCUCUUGUCGUGGAGCACGGGCUCUAGGUGCGCGGGCUUCAGUAGUUGUGGCUCGUGGGCUCUAGAGUGCAGGCUCAGUAGUUGUGGCCCACGGGCUUCGUUGCUCCGCGGCAUGUGGGAUCUUCCCAGACCAGGGCUCGAACCUGUGUCCCCUGCACUGGCAGGCGGAUUCUUAACCGCUGUGCCACCAGGGAAGCCCACCCCCCCACCCCCGACUCUUAAGAGCGACUUGAGACUGUUCUAAAAGGCACAGCUUGGGGAAAGAUACAAACUCUAAUAUAUAUAUGAUAAAUAUAAAGUAUUUAAUAUAUUAAUAUUAGAUAUCAUAUACAAUAUAAUGUAGUAUAAUAUCACAUAUAGUAACAUAUCAGAUAUGUAAUAUACCAGCAGUUCUUUAUGUAUACACACACAUGUGUAUAUAUAUUAUAUAGUUUUUUCAUGAGAUAAAAUUCAAAUAACACAAAAUUAGCCAUUUUUGAUGAACAAUUCAGUGACACUUAGUGCAUUCACAGUAUUGUGCAACCGUCACCUCUGUCUAGUUUCCAUGACCCCAAACAGACACCCACUCGGCAGUCAUCCCUGCAGCCAGCCCUGUGCUUUCCCUCUCUACGGAUUUGCCUCUUCCGGACAUUUCAUAUAAACGGAGCCAUGCGAUGUGUGGGGUUUUGUGCCGGGCUUCUCUCCCUGAGCCUCAUCCAGGCUGUGGCAGGUGUCCGUGCCCCUGGAGGGAUGGACCACAGGCGGCUCGUCCACUCGUCAGUGGCAGGACAUUUGGACCGUUUCCACUUUUCGGCUGUUGGGAACAGAGCUGCUACGAACACGCGUGUACAAGUAUCUGAGUCCCUGUUUUCCAUUCUUUGGGUUUAUAUCUCAGAGCGGAAUUGCUGGGCCAUCAUGGUAACUCUGUGGCAAGAUGGAAUUCUAGAAAGUUCUAUAGUUGACUUUCGGGGGAAGUGCCGAAACGUUUUCCACAGUGGCUGCCGUUUUACUUUACAGCCCCACUGGGGGAGAGUAAGGGUUCCCGUUUCUCACCUCCUCAACAACACUUGUUUCUGUUCUUUUUUAAACCCAGUAGGUGUGAAGUGAUGUCUCACUGUGUUUGUUUGUUUGUUUGUUUUGCGGUACGUGGGCCUCUCACUGCUGUGGCCUCUCCCCCUGCGCAGCACAGGCUCCGGACACGCAGGCUCAGUGGCCAUGGCUCACGGGCCCAGCCGCUCCGCGGCAUGUGGGAUCUUCCCGGACCGGGGCACAAACCCGCGUCCCCUGCAUUGGCAGGCGGACUCUUAACCACUGUGCCACCAGGGAAACUCCCUAAAUCACUCUUUUAAAGGAAUUUUUAGGUUUUUGGUCAGACCCCCGCGUUCAUGGUUCUGAGCAGCACCCCCUCUCUCAGUCUCACUCCUGGGGGUGCUGCGUUAUCGCCCCACUGUGCCUUGAGGUUCAGUGGCCCUCGGGAACGAGCAGAGGGGUCUGGUGGGCCUUGGCGGGAUCCCCAGCAUGGCUCUAGGAUGGAGGAGUAGGGGCACUGUCUGCAGGGACCCGGCCCGGUGGGGCUUGGGGGGCCCAGGAGCAGAGGGUUGCAGGGCACAGACGCCCCAUCCCGUCCACCCCCCAGCCCCACUGUCCCCAGUCGCACCUCUCUCUUCCUCUGUUGCCCCCAACAAGCUCCUUUCAGCCGCAUCUGGUGGAAAGCUGGGCGGCAGGGGAUCGGCAGAGGGUUCAUUCACUCAUUCAUUCAUUCAUCCAUUCAUCCAAGAUGCUCACCGAGCUCCCAGCCGCUGGUGCCAAGGGGAUGCUGGGAUGAAGCCGAGCCCAGUGGAGCUCUCGACAGCGGAAUACAGGCUGUGCAAUGGGUCCGACAGGGAAUGUGUAUCCCCGACAGCCAAGGUCACCAAGAAGGAAGCUCUCAAGGCACAGAAGGAGAGCUACCGCCAGGAGAAGAAGCGCGCCACCAAGCAGCUGCUCAGCGCCUUGACAGACCCCAGCGUAGUCAUCAUGGCCGACAGCCUGAAGAUCCGCGGGACCCUGAAGAGUUGGACCAAACUGUGGUGUGUGCUGAAGCCAGGGGUGCUGCUCAUCUACAAGACGCCCAAGGUGGGCCAGUGGGUGGGCACCGUCCUGCUGCACUGCUGCGAACUCAUUGAGAGGCCCUCUAAGAAGGACGGCUUCUGCUUCAAGCUCUUCCACCCACUGGACCAGUCCGUCUGGGCCGUGAAGGGCCCCAAAGGUGAGAGCGUGGGCUCCAUCACACAGCCCCUCCCCAGCAGCUACCUGAUCUUCAGGGCCGCCUCCGAGUCGGACGGCCGCUGCUGGCUGGAUGCCCUGGAGCUGGCACUGCGCUGCUCCAGCCUCCUGCGACUCAGCACAUGCAGGCAGGGCCGCGACGGGGAGCCCGGGUCCUCUCCAGACGCAUCACCCUCCUCACUCUGUGGGCUGCCCGCCUCGGCCGCCGUCCACGACCAGGACCUGUUCCCACUGAACGGGUCCUCCCUGGAGAACGACGCUUUCUCAGACAAGUCAGAGAGAGAGAACGCUGAGGACUCAGAUAAGGAGACCCAGGACCGCAGGCGGAAGGCCGAGAGCGGGGGCGAGCCGUCGGAGGCCCCGGGGCGCCCCGCGCGCAGAGGGACCACGUACGUGGUACAGGAACACGAGGACCUGGGGGAGCUGGGCGAGGCAUCGCAGGUAGAGACGGUGUCUGACGAGAACAAGAGUCUGAUGUGGGUCCUGCUGAAGCAGCUGCGGCCGGGCAUGGACCUGUCCCGCGUGGUGCUGCCCACCUUCGUCCUGGAGCCCCGCUCCUUCCUCAACAAGCUCUCCGACUACUACUACCACGCCGACCUGCUCUCCAGGGCCGCACUGGAGGAGGACGCCUACAGCCGGAUCAAGCUUGUGCUGCAGUGGUACCUGUCCGGCUUCUACAAGAAGCCCAAGGGGAUCAAGAAGCCCUACAACCCCAUUCUGGGGGAGACCUUCCGCUGCUGCUGGUUCCACCCCCAGAACCACAGCCACACCUUCUACAUAGCUGAGCAGGUGUCCCACCACCCCCCCGUGUCCGCCUUCCACGUCAGCAACCGAAAGGACGGCUUCUGCAUCAGCGGCAGUAUCACAGCCAAGUCCCGGUUCUACGGGAACUCACUGUCAGCUCUGCUGGACGGCAAGGCCACCCUCACCUUCCUGAACCGGGUGGAGGAUUACACCCUUACCAUGCCCUACGCCCACUGCAAAGGCAUUCUCUACGGCACCAUGACCAUGGAGCUGGGUGGCAGAGUGACCGUCGAGUGUGAGAAGAACAACUUCCAGGCUGAGCUGGAAUUCAAGCUCAAGCCCUUCUUCGGGGGCAGCACGAGCAUCAACCAGAUCUCCGGGAAGAUCACAUCAGGCGAGGAGGUCCUGGCGCGGCUCACGGGACACUGGGACAGGGAAGUGUUCAUCAAGGAGGAGGGCAGAGGAGGCGCCGAGCUCUUCUGGAACCCGAGCGAGGAGGUCCGCGGGCAGCGGCUGAAGCGGCACACAGUGCCUUUGGAGGAGCAGACAGAGCUGGAGUCGGAGCGGCUCUGGCAGCACGUCACCAGGGCCAUCAGCGAGGGUGACCAGCACAAAGCCACACAGGAGAAGUUUGCCCUGGAGGAGGCACAGCGGCAUCAGGCCCGAGAGCGCCAGCAGAACCUGGUGCCCUGGACGCCGCAGCUGUUCCACCUGGACCCCACCACCCAGGAGUGGCGCUACCGAUACGAGGACCACAGCCCCUGGGACCCCCUGAAGGACAUUGCCCAGUUUGAGCAAGACGGGGUCCUGCACACCCUGCAGCGGGAGACCAUGGCCCGCCAGACCACCUUCCUGGGCAGCCCGGGGCCCAGGCACCAGGGGUCUGGCCCCGACCGGCGGCUCCGCAAGGCCAGCGACCAGCCGUCUGGCCACAGCCAGGCCACCGAGAGCAGCGGCUCCACGCCCGAGUCCUGCCCAGAGCUCUCUGACGAGGAGGAGGACCGUGACUUCGCUCCCGGCUGCGAGAGCCCGUGCCCUCGGUGUGGGAAGGAAGCGUGGCGGCUGCAGUUGCUGCACGAGGGGAUCCUGUCCAUCCGGGAGGCCCAGCAGGAGCUACAUAGGCAUCUCUCGGCCGUGCUGAGCUCCACGGCACAGGCCAGGCAGGCACCAGCCCCAGGCCUCUUGCACAGUCCCCGCUCGUGGUUCCUGCUCUGCAUGUUCCUGGCGUGUCAGCUGCUCAUUAACUACAUCCUCAAAUAAGAGCCCUUCGGGGACGGCGUGGGCAUCGCCUGCAGAACUCGGGCAGCCCCAGCCUCCCUCCCAGGCACCUAGCACUUUAAGCCAGCCCCGUGGAGGCAGAGACCCAGCGAGCACGGCCUCUGUGGACAGAGGGGCCCACGGCGGCACAACAGCAGGAGGGACCUGGGGGGCCACAUGGGGUCCUCCCGGGGAGGCGCUGGCCUUAAUGCUGAAGCCAAAUGCCACAUUCGUCGUGCACUGCACCCCCUGGUGACCUCGUCCCAUCCUCCCUGGUCAGCCUCAGGGGAUUGAUGGCGGAGGGGCAGGAGAGCCUGCAGGUCUCUGGAUGUCGUUCCCCAGCAGGGGUGAGUGGGGGCGUUGAGGAGCAAGCCGGGACCCCAGGCCCUCCUUGGGCCUAACACACAGGCCAGCCCUUCCUGAGACCCUGCCCACAUUGCCCUGGAGGGGCCACGGGUGGGCUGCUUCGGAGAGGGCGCUUGGGGCUUUAUUCUGCCUUUGUGCUGUCUGGACAGAGCCCAGUUCCUAUACCUACAGGACCCGCCCCACCUCCCUCAGCCAGGACGUGCCAAGCUGGGGCGGGCACACGUGAGCACGGCGUGCCUGGGGACAGCGUCCCCGGCCCGGAGCCUGAGUUGGACACUUUGCUCAGACUGAUGCACGGUCUUCUCCUCCCACACGUUUUUAAUAAACGCAAUCGCAAUAUUUUAGGCAGGCUGCAAACAGCGCCUGGCGUCUGGCCUCCAUUCCUGUGUCAAAUGCCAGGGUGUGUGUGUGUGUGUGUGUGUGUGUGUGUGUGUGAGCAUCUGCACAUAUAGAUACACACGGAGCCUUAAACUAUGUUGUGACGGUGUCAUCUGAGCUGAUUGUCCAGUUUAUGUACCCAUGUUCUUACCCUCCCCCAGUUUGGGGACAUGUCUUUGCUCCAUCCCUUGAAAUAAACAAGACACACAUAU